AUGGACACGUGUCAUGACAGCAUGCGGGUGUUGGGGCGGCUGGGGCAGCAGGUGCAGCUCGUGUUCCCCCCUGAUGCGCCUGUUGUUCCCCCUGGGGGUGUCACAAGCAGGGUGGUGUAUGGGGGAGGUGGGGUUGCAGGGGGGCAUGUAGUUACUGUGCGGGAGAUAGGAGUGUGGGACCGGGGCUUGCAGCAGAGACAGCAGGGGCUAGGGCAGGGGCAGAAUGGGCAGGGGCAGCAGCAGGGGGGCAGGAGGUGGGCGCGGGUGGGAGGGGCGUAUGGGAGGGAGGCUGCAGAUGUGCGAUCCAAGGCUCUGCGGCUGCUGCUGGAUGCUGUCAGACCCAAUCCAACGGUGGAGAUUGACGAAUUCAGGCUCUCAGUGGCUCUUUUGCCAAUCCGUCUCCGCAUCGACCAGAACCACAUCGAAUUCCUCUCGCGCUUCUUCUCCACGCCAAUCUCUCCUCCUCCUGCUGCCGCUACAGCCGGUGCUGCUGCAGCCGAUAACUGUGCCUCUGAAACAGCAUCAGCAGCAGCAGCAGCAGCAGCAGCUCCGGCGGUGGCGGCCGAUGCGGAGCUCUUGCGAGAUGCCUUGCUGCCCUUCUUCCAGGUGUGUGAAAUCCGAGCCUUCUCGGUUUUGAUCGACUACGUGCCUCGUCGCUUGGACCUGUCAGCCCUUUCUGCUGGCAACUACGCUCAUCUCCUCAACCUCAUCUCAUGGAAGGGCGUUGAGAUCGAUUUCACGAAAGCCAGGGUGGUGGGCGUGCAGGGGUGGGACGGGCUAGGAGGAGCGCUCAUCGGCCAAUGGGUGGAGGACAUCUGUCGGCGCCAGCUGCACCGGGUGGUGAAAGCAGCGGGCCCUGUCUGUCCCCUGUGGGCGCUGGGUGCUGCUUCUUUACAGCUGGUGCUGCUGCCGGUUCAGGAGUAUCGGCAGAACAAGAGGCUCAUGCGAGGUGUGAAGAGAGGUGCCAUCUGUUUCCUCCAGUCGCUCUCCCACGAGUUGCUGGGCGUGGGAGUGACAGUGGCAGCCGGCACACACCACCUGCUGUACGCAGCAGAGCUCGCCCUCGCCGCUACAGCCGGUGCUACAACCGCCGCUGCUACAGCCAGCGCCACAAACGCUGGUGCUCCAUUAAGGAGGUGGAGGCGAGGGGAUGGAAUGCCUGCAGUGGCAGCGGCGGUGGUGAAAGGCAUCCCAGCAGCAGCCAUGGCUCCUGUGGUUGGGGCUGCUGAAGCUCUGGAGGAGACGCUUCGAGGCAUGAAAAGCUCGAUUGCGCCAAGGCAUGGCCCAUGCUCUCCCACGUUAACCACACAUCCCCUCGUCGCAAUUGCCAGUAGUAAACAUACCGCGCUUCAGAUCGUCACCCGCGCUCCCCUCAUCACCCUCGUCGACCCACACCGAUCCUCGCCGCCCUCACCUCCCUUCGUCACCGACAUUCCCUCUCGUCGCUCGCGCUUCCCCUCAUCACCCGUGCCGACCCUCACCGCCCUCGCCUCCCCUCGUCGCCCGCGCGUCCCGUCGUCGGGCUUGCCUCCCAGUCACUCGCGCUUCCCCUCGUCAUCCGUGUUUCCAUCCGCUCUUCCCCUCUCCCCAUCUCACCACCUCCAGCCCAUCCUUCCUCCCUCAUUCCAUCCGAAGGGGUGGGACAGAUGGGGAGGAAUAGAUGGGGAGGAACGGAUGGGGAGGAACGGAUGGGGAGAAACAGAGGUGGUCGCUUCCGCCACCACAAUCGAACAGCGUUUUGAUUCCCUCUCUGCUCCCCACCAUCCUCCCCCCAGCUCUCCCCCCGGCAUCUGCCCCCGUUCCCCCCAUCCUCUUCCCUGUUUCCCCGUAUCCCCUGCCGUGCUUCCCCCCAUCCUAUCCCCUCUUACCCCGUAUCCCCUGCCCUGCUUCCCCCCAUCCCCUUCCCUGCUUCCCCCCAUCCCCUUCCCUACUUCCCCCCAUCCCCUUCCCUGCUUCCCCUCGUCCCCUUCCCUGCUUCCCCUCGUCCCCUCCCCUGCUUUCCCCCAUCCCCUUCCCUGCUUCCCUCCAUCCCCUUCCUUGCUUUCCCCCAUCCCCUUCCCUGCUUCCCCUCGUCCCCUCCCCUGCUUUCCCCCAUCCCCUUCCCUGCUUCCCUCCAUCCCCUUCCUUGCUUUCCCCCAUCCCCUUCCCUGCUUCCCCUCGUCCCCUCCCCUGCUUUCCCCCAUCCCCUUCCCUGCUUCCCUCCAUCCCCUUCCCUGCUUUCCCCCAUCCCCUACCCUGCUUCCCCCCAUCCCCCUCCCUGCUUCCCCCCAUCCCCUUCCCUGCUUCCCCCCAUCCCCUGCCCUGCUUCCCCCCAUCCCCUUCCCUACUUUCCCCCAUCCCCUGCCCUGCUUCCCCCCUUCCCUUUCCCUGCUUCACCCCAUCCCCUCCCCUGCUUCCCCCCAUCCCGUCCCGUGCUUCCCCCCAUCCCCUUCCCUGCUUCCCCCCAUCCCCUUCCCUGCUUCCCCCCAUCCCCUUCCCUGCUUCCCCCAAUCCCCUUCCCUGUUUCCCCCAAUCCCCUUCCCUGUUUCCCCCCAUCCCCUUCCCUGCUUCCCCCCCAUCCCCUUCCCUGCUUCCCCCCAUCACCUUCCCUGCUUCCCCCCAUCCCCUUCCCCGGUUUCCCCCCAUCCCCUUCCCCGCUUCCCCCCAUCCCCUUCCCUGCUUCCCCCCCCAUCCUCUCCCUCCCCAUGUACAAUCGCAAAGAAAAGGGGGGACGCACGCGCAACAGGGGGGCAGCGCAGCAGACUUGUGUGCAAUCUCAGUGACUUGUGUGCAAUCUCAGUGACUUGUGUGCAAUCUCAGUGA